AACCUGUCGGACGUUAAGACCCCGGAGACAAGUAGGAUGCUAACAGUGCGCUAACGGCUACUGCUGCCAAAGGAAUUCAUGAGCUACAUCACAACAAACAUUUGGACAGUUUGACUGAGACCUAGUCAUGUCUCAAGUUGAGAAGAAAGCAGGGCUGCUGAGGAGGACAUCAUCUUCCAAAAAACCUUUGAAAGAAAAGGUGGUUCUGAUGUACGAUGAGAUCUUUGCUAAAGAAGACCCAGCCAAAAAUAACCCUCGCUUCUGGGAUGAGCUGUUCCUCAUGAAGGUAAACUUGGAGUACCUAGAGUCCAAACUGGAGAGCGUAAAUGGGGAGGAAGUCCAACGUAUUCAAGACAACAUCAACUCUCUGUUUCAUCACUGUGUCCAGGCUCUUGGAGAGGAGCACCAGAUCAAAGUGGUCAACGCCCUACAGACACUCUGUGCACUUUUCCGAGGGGUUCAUCAGAAGAACAAGUCUGCAUCCGGCUUCGACAUUAUUAAUAUGCUCAUGGGCUUUGACAAGGCUGAGCAGAGGAUGAAGGACCUGAUGGAGAGAUUGGACAGCCUUCUUUGUGGAGACAGCUCAGAGAGCCUCAAGAGCCUUUGCCUAAAAUUGUUACUGUGUUUAGUGACGGUAACAGAUAAUAUAAGCCAGAACACAAUUCUGGAAUAUGUGAUGAUCAACAGCAUUUUUGAAGCUAUUCUACAAAUUCUGUCUGAUCCAUCCAGUAGAGGGCAGCAUGGUUAUGAUGCUGUGGUUCUUCUGGCACUCCUGGUCAACUACAGAAAAUAUGAGUCUGUAAAUCCAUACAUUGUGAAACUCUCCAUUGUGGAUGAUGAGCCGACACUCGAUGGAAUGGGUGUGGUCCUUCACCAAGCUCUGACAGAAUAUAACAGGCAGUACAAAGAUAAAGAGGAAGAGAACCAGGGUGGAUUCUUCUCAACCCUCACUAGUAUGGUGGGCAGCAUGUUUAUAGCAGAUGUUGAUGAGAAACUCUCUGUACAGACAAAUGAGGCAAUUCUACUGGCACUUUACGAGGCGGUCCACCUGAACAGAAACUUCAUCACAGUGUUGGCGCAGAGCCAUCCUGAGAUUGACAUCGCAGUCACGCCCACCACUCCCACUCCAACAACACCAACAACUCCCCUCGGCACGACGCCGCCCUCCCUAGACGUGAUGAACAAUCCAGAACUGCCCUUGGAUCCCAACCUGCAGACCAGCAACCUUCUCAUUACCUUCCUCAAGUAUGCCUCUAUCGUAAUGCAGGAUACUAAAGAUGAGCAUCGCCUCAACAGUGCCAGACUGUGCCUGAUCAUCCUCACGUGCAUCGCUGAGGACCAGUAUGCUGAUGCCUUCCUUCAUGAUGACAAUAUAAACUUCAGAGUCAGCCUCCACAGAAUGCCGAUGAGACACCGGAAAAAAACGCCAGGGAAAAACAUCCCUUCACGUCCGCUGGUUUGUGCUGUUCUAGAUCUUAUGGUGGAGUUCAUUGUCACUCAUAUGAUGAAGGAGUUUCCCAUGGAUCUAUACUUGCGGUGUGUGCAAAUCAUUCACAAACUGCUCUGUUACCAGAAGAAAUGCAGAAUCAGACUACACUACACCUGGAGAGAGCUUUGGUCAGCUGUCAUCAACCUGCUGAAGUUCCUGCUGUCAAAUGAAACCGCACUACUGGCCAAGCACAACAUCUUUCACCUGGCCUUACUGGUGGUGAACUUGUUCAACAUGUUCAUAACCUAUGGAGACACAUUCCUGCCCACCUCCAACAGCUACGACGAGCUGUAUUACGAAAUUGUCCGAAUGCACCAGGUCUUUGACAACCUCUACUGUAUGGUUUUGAGAGUUUCCACCAACACAGGCCAGUGGAAGGAGGCAGCCAGCAAAGUCACGCACGCCCUCGUCAACAUUCGGGCCAUCAUCAACCAUUUUAAUCCCAAGAUUGAGUCGUACGCCGCAGUGAACCACAUCUCACAGCUGUCAGAGGAACAGGUUUUGGAGGUGGUUCGGUCCAAUUAUGACACACUGACCCUGAAACUGCAGGAUGGUCUGGACCAGUUUGAGAGAUAUUCAGAGCAGCCAAAAGAAGCUGCUUUCUUCAAGGAGCUGGAGAAGCCUCUUAAAUCCUCUGAUUCAUUCCAAGUAAAAAACAUUCAUGUGUUUUUAAUGUGGUGUCACCUCAGUGUAAGCACACAGAGGAGCAGUGGAUGUGUCGUGCGCUCCAUCAGUCUGAACGUGAGAAAGAACGUCUCUCUGAACACACUGAGCCAGGACGUGCUGCUCAAAGAGUUCUCCACCAUCUCCUGAGCCUUCAGAUGCAUGGUCAUGUGCAUGUGGACACGUACACACACUCAUCCCACACACAGCAGACCAGUCCUCGUAGGUCCUUUCCAUAUCCAUCCUUUGUCCAUGAGCCGAGCGGUGGAAACUCGUCCUGCAGAGACAGACGCCGUGCUGACUGAUCCGGAUGCAACAAUCCAAACUCUCUCCAGACCCUCUUCCUUCGUGGUCCUAGACAUGUCUGAAUGCAAUCAGCAGUGCUGGCUGGACUGUUAGCUGACAGUGGAACAAAGUAUUUCUUCUGGUGUUCAAAUAAUCCCAGUUCAUGAUUGAAUGCAGAAAGUUUUAGGCUUUAUGUGUUUCCUAAGUCGAGGUGGCGGUGGUGAUUCUGAGCUGUUUUGACUUUGAUGACUCAUCUUGAAUUUUAGGAUUUGCUCUUUAACAUCUGAAUCCUUGUUGAAUGAAUGUAAAAAGAAAAAAAAUCCUCCUCUGGUUCUGUUUUUUUGAUUUUUGUUUCCAAUAAAAACGUAGAACAAUUAGGUGAUUAAGUUUAGGAUGCCAUGAAGUGAUUAAAAACUGACUACAGCUAAUGAGAAAUCCGUGCUGUUACACACAUAUUUCUUUAUAUUAACAAACUAACCUGGAAGUGUUGAAAUGAGCUGUUGACUACUCUGUCAAAACUCCUGUGUGUUUGGCACUAGACUGUUUUAUAGUGGAAAUCAACCUUUAAAACUGAUAUGAAACUCGCUGAGGUGAUUGUUUUUAUUUUAAAGUUGAUAUUAAUUAUGCAAUUGUAUCCAGCGAGAGGUCUCUGUCAUCUCUAACUCCUGUAGGUGUAUUUGUUUUGUUUUUUUAAAUAAAGAUUCUUUUCCUAGUUGA